UGAGUUUAUUGCACAACUCAGUCAUCGUAUUGGAGUCAUCGAUAGGAUCAAGCCACACUGCAUCACAAGACUAUUUAUGAUAUGGACCUUUAAUUAACUUGCAUGAUGUUGUCAUGAUCUAUGAUCUAGUUCCUUGGGGUUUGUGCACUUUCAAGAUAAGGCAGUCGCUUUGGGAAGAGUGUUUGCAUGACAACAUUGUUGGAAUCGGAACACUGGAGCACAAUAACCAAACUGUGCAGAUGACAUCAUCAUAGAGACAUGCUUCCUGAUCUCAUCACAUUGUUUAAGGACUUCCUAACAACAAUUCAGAGGAGCAUGAUCUAAUCAGAGAAGCAACCUCUAAUUUAAUUUUGACUGGUUCACUUCUGACCAAAAUUAAAGAGACUCGAAAGCUAAAAUGACACUUGAGGAUAAAUUUGACUGCAACUGCUGUGCAAGAGGUUAUUAAUCCAAACACAGGAACUAAGUAACCACUGAUUAUGAGAGAGUAAAUGUUAGAAGGUGAAAGGAGAGCACUCUUUACUGCAUUUACAACAGAUCUUACCUCAGAAAGAGGGUGAGAAAAGUGGUUUAUGGGAGGAGGGGUGUGUCAGUCCUUAUUAGUUGUAAGGGAGGAGCUCUGAUAGAGUUUGACAUGCACGUGUGAGCCAAACUUCUCAUUUGAGUUGAGAUUUGAUAUGGCAGCAAUGGCAAGACUGGGAAAGGUAGAUCAUUCUGGAAACCAAGACGAAUAAGACUCCAAAAACAAAUCAAAAUGUGGCCUGAUUAUUGCACUGAAAGGACCCUCAAUGCUCAUCUGCACACGCUCAUGUGCUGCGCAGAUGAACGAGACAGGGUUCAGAAGAAAACUUUCACCAAAUGGGUCAACAAACAUCUCAUAAAGGUGAGGAAGCACAUCACAGACCUGUAUGAAGAUCUAAGGGAUGGACAUAAUCUCAUAUCUCUGCUUGAGGUGCUGUCUGGCGUCACAUUGCACAAGGGCGUGUCGACUCUGCGGAGAGCGUGUGUGUCACGCGCCCCGCCACUCAUCUUGCUUGGUGGGGAGGAUGAGGAGGAUGGAGCUCAGGGACCCAGGGAAAAGGGUCGCAUGCGAUUUCACCGACUCCAGAAUGUGCAGAUAGCCUUGGAAUUCCUCAAGCAGAGACAGGUCAAAUUAGUGAAUAUACGUAAUGAUGACAUCACAGAUGGAAACCCAAAGCUGACACUGGGUCUGAUUUGGACCAUCAUCCUUCACUUCCAGAUCUCAGAGAUCUAUGUGAGCGGUGAGUCAGGUGACCUCACAGCAAAAGAGAAACUGUUAAUAUGGAGUCAACAGGCCACAGAGGGCUACCCCGGUCUCCGCUGUGUCAAUUUCUCCUCAAACUGGAGCGAUGGACGCUUGUUCAACGCCAUUUUGCACAGAUACAGGCCAGACCUGAUUGACAUGGAAGUGAUUGCGCAACAAAGUAACCAUGAGAACCUGGAACAGGCCUUUGAGAUUGCUGAGUCAUUAGGUGUAACGCGACUUCUAGACGCUGAAGAUGUGGAUGUUCCAUCGCCAGAUGAGAAGUCUGUCAUCACAUAUGUCUCCUCCAUCUACGAUGCUUUCCCAAAAAUCCCAGAGGGUGGAGAAGGCAUUGCAGCUCAUGAGGUUGACCAGCGAUGGGCAGAAUAUCAGUCUGGCUUCUCUUCUCUGCUGCAGUGGACCAGACAACACACAGCCCUCAUGGCCAAUAGGAGCUUCUCCCACAAUCCUGUGGAACUCAAGGCACUUUAUAAUGAAUAUGUACACUUCAAAGAAACAGAGAUCCCUGCCAAGGAAAGAGAGAAAAGCCACACUGAGCACCUUUACAAGCUUCUGGAGGCGUGGAUAGAGUUUGGGCGCAUUAAGCUGCCCCAAGGGCUACACCCUAAUGACCUAGAGGAGGAAUGGGGAAAACUGAUCCUGGAAAUGUUGGAAAGAGAGAAAGCACUGAGGCCUGCUAUGGAGAGGUUGGAGUUACUCCUACAGAUGGCCAAUAAGAUCCAGAACAUGGCUCUAGACUGUGAGGAGAAACUCACGUUGGCGAAGAACACUCUGCAGGCUGACAUGUCUCAGUUAGAGAAUGGGCAGCCAGUGCGAUGUGAAAAUGAAUUGGGAAUGUAUCUUCAGGACUGUGAGACUCUGGUCAAACAGCUUCACCUUGAACUGCAAGUCCUCCGAAAUGAAAAGUACUACCAAGUGGAGCAGCUGGCUUUCAGGGUAUCAUGUUUGCAGGAGGAGCUGGUCUCCCUGCGCCUACAGUGCGCCAAUGUGUACCGGAAGGGCCAUUUCUCCAUAGGUGGUCUGCUGGGAGAACAUGUCAGUCAGAAGGGGUCUACAGGCAGUCUGGCCACAUUAGGUGCACAGACAUUGCUGGGGGCAGUGGGUGCUGUGGCAUCCCUGCUAAGACGGCCUAUGUCUCGCGCAGACCUGGUUGCCCUGUCAUCCUCAGAGGAUGAGGGCAGCCUACGCUUCAUUUAUGAACUUCUGGGAUGGGUGGAGGAGAUGCAGGACCUACUGGAGCGGGCCGAGUGGGGUUCAGACCUGCCGUCUGUAGAACAGCAUCUGCAGGACCAUCACCUCAUUCACACAGCUGUGGAGGAUCUUCUGAAUAGCCUUAAAGAGUCUCAAAACUAUGAGUCAAGGGUCUCGCCUAAUUUAUGUAGCAGUUACUCUGAAACUUUAUCCAAGUUGGAGAACCAGUAUUGCAAACUGUUGGAACAUUCGUCAUGGCGACUGCGUUGCCUGGAGAGCCUUCGAGGUUUUGUGUCCCGCUGCACUGAGGAGCUGAUCUGGCUCAAUGAGAGGGAGGAGGAGGAGCUGGCCUUCGACUGGAGUGACAGCAACACCAACAUGGCAGCCAAAAGAGAGCAAUAUGCUGAAAUGAGGUCAGAGCUGGAGGAAAAACAGAAAGAGAUGCGCUCCCUUCAGGAGAGAGCCGACCACCUGUGUCAAGAGAACCAUCCAGCCAAACAGACUGUUGAGGCCUACAGUGCUGCCUUGCAGACGCAGUGGCAGUGGGUCAAAGAGCUUUCCAUAUGUGUGGAGCAACACCUCAAAGACAACACUGCCUUCUUCCAGUUUAUGAGUGAUGCACGGGACUGUGAGAGCUAUCUACGCCAGCUUCAAGACACCAUAAAGAGACAAUACACCUGUGAUAAAAACAGCAGACUUGGCAGAUUGGAGGACCUGCUGCAGGACUCCAUGGAGGAGAAAGAACAAUUGAUUGAAUACCGCAGCACAGUGGCCAGCCUUGUAGGCCGGGCCAAGUCUGUUGUCCAGCUCCGCCCUCGCAGUGCAGAUAGUAACCUGGGCACCACCACACCCAUUCGUGCCAUCUGUGACUACCGGCAAAUAGAGAUCACGAUCAGUAAAGGAGAGGAGUGUGUUCUGGAGGAUAACUCUCAGAGGACUAAGUGGAAGGUCAUCAGUCCGACAGGAAAUGAGGCCAUGGUGCCAUCUGUGUGCUUCACCGUCCCUCCUCCCAAUCAGGAGGCCAUUGACACUGCCAGCAGAAUGGAGCAGAUGUACCAGAACGUCAUGUCUCUGUGGCACCAGCUGCAUGUUAACAUGAAGAGUGUUGUCUCCUGGCACUACCUGCAGAAAGAAAUCCGAAAUAUUUCCUCUUGGAGCCUAGACACAAUGCGCUUACAGUCCCCAGCAGAGAGGCAGCAGGCUUUAGACAACCUGGAUGUCCACCUGUCCGAUUUCCAGAAGGACAGUCGUGAGAGCUCCCUUUUCACGCCGGCUGAACGAACUGAGCUAGAGAGGGAUGCUGAGAACUGCCGUGAACAUUGCCAAACACUGCUGGUCUCUUUAGAGACAGUGGAAAAGGAUAAGUCGGUGUCUCGCGCAUACCUGUCGGAGCUGCAGAGCAUCAAGUCACACCUGGAGGAUGCAGAGAGCAGACUGAUGCGUGGCAUACAAUCUCCACACCCCAGCACAAUAUCAGGAGAUGUCGUAGACAAUGUGGUUCAUAUAGAAGAGCAAGAGAAGCUCCAGCAGGAUCUGAAAGGUCUUCAGUCAGAUUUGGGUGAGGUGUCUCGUCGCUGUGUGAGCUUCUUUGAGGAGAAGCCUACCUCUUCCAGUGUGCCUGUCCUACGCUCUGAACUCAACCUGGCAGUAGAACACAUAGAAAAACUCAACUCCCUCUCUUCUGUUUAUCUUCAAAAAUUAAAGACAGUAGAUGUGUUAAUGAGAAGCCUGCAGGCAGCAGAAAGUCAAGUGAGAAAGUAUGAGAGUCUACUGAGUGAAGAGGAUAUUGUGCCUGCCGAUACUUCGGCAAUCCGGGCCUUGGGAGAACAGUUAAAGAAAUGGCAUUCAGAGUUGGAAGAGCAGGAUCACAUCUUCCAGAGUAUGAGUUUAGAGGUCCAGCGUGCUAGAGAGGCAGGAAACCAGCUUAGCCAGCUGCACCCUGACCGCAGCCCCGAACUGGACCGCUACCAGGAGAAAGCACACCAGCUCACAGAGAGGUGGAAUGGAGUGUGCAGGCAAAUGGAGACACGGCAAGCCGAUCUAGAGAUGCUGGGUUCAGUGCUGCAGCAGUACAGAGAAGGCCAUUCUUCUCUUAUCCGCUGGAUUGAGGAGACCACCAAAAGACAAGAAAACACAAAACCAGAGCAGACGGACAGCAGAGCUUUAUCAGAGCAACUUGCACAGCAAACAGCCUUGGUGGCUGAGAUCGAACAGAACCAGACCAAACUGGAUGAGUGCCAGACAAACUCUAAACAGUACUGUGCUGCUGUCAAGGACUAUGAACUCCAACUUAUGACAUUUAGAGCUUUUGUCGAAACGACCCAGAAAUCCCCUGCGAAAAGGAGAAGAAUGCACUCUUCAUCAGAUGUCAUUACUCAAGAGUUCAUGGAUCUACGAACACGCUACACUGCUCUGGUUACCCUGACAACACAACAUGUUAAGUACAUUAGUGAUGCACUGCGGCGACUGGAAGAGGAAGAGAAGGAGGUAGAGGAGGAGAAGCAGGCGAGAGUAGGGCAGGUCUCAGAGCUGCUUGACUGGGUCAAGGGCCUGCAGGAGCAAGCUGGAAGGUCGGCAGAGCCAUCACUUGCAACACAGCAGGCCAUUAGUGAACAGUUAGCAGCCAAAAAAGAAGAGGUUGCUGAAGCUAUCAGGAGCACUCAAGUUUUCCUAAUGUCCAAGCAGGCAAGCAAGCUGUCUUCUGAAGAGCGUGCCCAUGUGAUCUCCCAGUUGGAUGAGCUGAGAGCCACCUACAGUCAGCUGUGUGACAGCUCUGCCGCACAAUUACAACAAUUGGAAGAGCAGCUGGCCAAAGACGAGGAACAUAAGGGCAAAGAAAUCAUUGUUGGAGUAAUUGACCUUGGAACCAUGGAAACCUUUCCAGUUUUCCAGGCAGCACAGCGAGGCCUCAUAGAUCAGGACACAUGUCAUGUACUGCUGGAGGCACAGCUCAUCAUGGGUGGACUAUUCCAGCCAGAAUCCCCUGACAUCCUCUCAUUAGAGAAGGGUCUUGCAAUUGAUUUGAUUAAUAAACAUACCUACCAAUCACUGGUAGAGUUGGAGACUGCCCUUUGUCUUGUCAACAAGUCAAACUUUGCUGAGGGUCAGGUAUUACAAGUAGCUGCUGCUAUGGAAAAAGGUGUCAUAAAGGAGCUGGUGGGGCUACGUAUACUUGAGCUGCAGGUAAGCAAUGGUGGCAUCAAGAUUGGUUCCAAUGGAGAAAUGGUCAGUCUGGAAUUUGCAAGGCAGAGGGGAUUGCUAUCCACCACCCUUUGCCAUAAGUUGCAAACCUGUCUUAACCAACGAGAGCUUAUCGAUCCUAAUACAGCAGAAAAGCUAACUCUGGUAGACUUUCAGCAGCGAUGUGUUAUCAAUCAGGAGACAGGUCUGCGCUUGUUUCCAGUUAAACAAAAGCCAGGAGGUACUGUCUGCUUAUGCUCUGGCAGAAAGGUAGGAAUAUUCUGUGCUGUUCAAGAAGGGCUCAUCGACCGACAUGUUGCAGUUCGACUUCUGGAGGCUCAGUUGUUCGCAGGAGGUAUCAGUGACCCUCGCUCAGGACACAGAUUGACUGUAAAUGAGGCUAUGCGGUACGGUCUGAUGGAUCAGGACUUAGCUUGCACGCUUAUGACACGACAGAUACAAGCUGGGGGAAUAGUAGAUCCGGUUAGUGGAGAGCGUCUGGUGUUAGAUGAGGCCAUACAAAGAGACCUUCUCUCUCAUCGCAUAGCCUUAUGUGUGCUGGAGUCUCUCCAGUCUUUUAAGGCAAUACUAUGGCCAGAAUCAGGGGAGCUGCUCCCUGUAAGUGAGGCACUCCAGCAGGGCGUUGUCAAUAGAGAGUUUGCCUUGAAAGCCCUGAAUAAACGUCAUUCUGUUGGUGCAGUAUACCUGGCUGACAGUGGGCAGGUGGUCCCUCUAGAUCAAGCUAAGGAGAUACUAGAGCCACAGGCAGUGGAUAUCCUAGAACAGACCCAUGUCCCAGAUGUCCUUCCCCAUUUGACUCAGUCAGGUUCCUCACAUAUGGAUCACUUGAGUUGUGGAUCUGCCUACUCUUUAUCACUCCAUGUCCCACAUGCAGUUAUCCAUAGUGACUCUUCCAUCACAGAACAAGGCAGGUCAAAAGAACAGGUCCAAACCCAACUUCUUAUUCACUUGAUGACACAUAGCUACAUUGAUGCUCACUCAGGAGAACGUCUAGUCCUACUAGAACCAGAGUUGGUAGAACUAAUAUGUGAAAAUGUUAAAACGACAAACCUUGACAGACCAAUCCAACAAGAAAACGACAACAUUCGAGUUAGAGGGGACAUCUCAUCUUUUUGCAAGUUUGAAAAGGAUAUGGUAGAAAACAUUCUGGUAUCAGAAGAAAAUGAAGAACUCGAGAUUGAAAAAGAUGAAAUUGCCAGGAAAAAUACUGAUACCAGUGAGACUAAAGAAAUAGGAGAGGUAGAUCUUGUUUCCAUGGUGUACAUGGACAGAGACUCUAUAAAGCCUUUACAUAAAGAGGUUUGGCAAGGGAAAAUUCUGUCAUCAGGAGAGUAUGAACAACCUAAGAUUAUACAAGAUGAAAUUGCCAGGAACAAUACUGAUAUGGGAGAGACUACAGAAAGUGCAGAGGAAUAUAUUGCACCAUUGACAGGCACAAACAGUGCCUUUAUAGAGCCUUCACAUAAAGAGGUUUGGCAAGAGAAAGUUCUGUCCUCAGGAGAGUAUGAAGAAACCAAGUUUAAGAAAGAUGUAAUUGCCAGCAAAAAAAUGUAUGUUGGUAAGACUAUAGAAAGAGCAGAGGAAAAUUUUGCACCCUUGACAAGCACUGAUCAAACCUUUAUAGAGCCUUCACUUAAAUUGGUUUGGCAAGAGAAAGUUCUAUCCAUAGGAGAGUGUGAAGAACCAAGGAUUAAGAAGGAUGAAAUUGGCAGAUGGAAAACUGACAUGGGAGAGACCAUAGAAAGAGAAGUGGAAGAUCUUGCACCGUUGAAAGACACAGACAGAGCCUUUGUAGAGCCUUCACUUAAAGUGGUUUGUCAAGAGAAAGUUCUGUCUGCAAGAGAGUAUGAAGAACCAAGGAUUAGGAAGGAUGAAAUUGGCAGAAGAAAUACUGAUAUGGGAGAGACCAUAGAAAGAGAAGUGGAAGAUCUUGCACCCUUGAAAAACACAGACAGAGCCUUUGUAGAGCCUUCACAUAAAGAGGUUUGGCAAGAGAAAGUUCUGUAUUCAGGGGAGCAUGAAGAAUCCAAGAUUAAGAAAGAUAGAAUUGCCUGCAAAAACACUUGUAUUGGUGAGGCUAUAGAAAGAGCAGAGGGAGAUCUUGCACCCUUGACAGGCACAGACCAAACCUUUAAAGAACCAUUAUUUAAAGUGGUUUGGGAUGAGAAAUGUGUGUCAUCAGAAGUGUAUGAAGAACACAACAUUUUAAAAGAUGAAAUUGCUAGCAGGAAUAAUGAAAUGGAAGAGACCAUAGAAAGAGAUAAGAAAGAUCUUGCACUCUUGACAGGCACAGACAUAGCCUUUAUAAAGCCUUCACAUAAAGAUAACUGGCAAGAGAAAGUUAUGGCAUCAGGAGAACAUGAAGAACCCAAGAUUAAAAAAGAUGGAAUGGCCUGCAGGAACACUGUUGUGGGAGUGAGAGAAAGAGAAGAAAAAUAUCUUGCACCCUUGACAGACACAGAAACAGCCUUUAUAGACCUUCCACAUAAAGAGACUUGUCAAGGUAAAAUUCUGUCAGCAGGAGAGUAUGAACAACCUAAGAGUAUUAAGUAUGACAUUUCCUGCAAGAACACUGAUAUGAAAGAGACUAUAGAAAGAGCAGAGGAAGAUCUUGUACCCUGGACAGGCACAGACAAAGCUUUUAUAGAGCCUUCACAUGAAGUAACUUGCCAAGAGAAAGUUCUGUUGUCAGAAGUGUAUGAACAACCCAUUACUAAAACUGAUGAAAUUGCCAGCAAGAACAAUGAUAUGGGGGAGACUAUAGAAAAAUAUGGGGAAGAUCUUGCAUUCUUGACAGGCACAGAACAAACCUUUUCAGAGCCUUCAUUUAAAGUGGUUUGGCACAAGAAAGUUCUGUCAUCGGGAGAGAAAGAAGAACCCAAAAUUAAAAAAGAUGAAAUCGCCAGUAAGAACACUGCUAUAGAGGAAUCUAUAAAAAGAACAGAGGAAGAUCUUGCACACUCAACCGGCACAGACCAAACCUUUAUAAAGCCUUCACAUACAAGUUCAGCCCCGCCAACGACUAUAUCAGGGAAUGUUAAGCUUUCUCAGAAUCAGCUUAUAGAUUCAACAGUAAAUGAACCUAAAAAUAAGCAAAGUCAAAAGUUGGAACGGGCAGAGAGUAGUGGAACAGUUAUGGAGAUGACUGAUCAAACAUUAUCUGAUAUGGAUGAAAGCAGUGCACAUAAUUCAUUCCAAGAUACCAUAAAAUUAAGACAAUGUGAUCAGCUAAAUGUCGAUUCAGAACAAUCUCAGUUGCUUAAGACUGCAAAACAGUCAGAGGAACUAAAGGAAAGGAUUGAACAAGAGGUAAAGAAAAGCAUCUUUGAUCAGCAUAAUAAAGUUACAAAUACUGAGAAAUUAGACCUAUCAGAAAUGAAGACUUUGUCAGUGGAACCUAGUGACGAUGUUAAGCUUGAGUGUAUGGUUAUGGAGCUGCAACAAGGUGGUCUCUUAACUGUAGGUGGCCAGAAAGUUCUUUUGGAUGAAGCUGUGACUCAGGGUUUGCUUCCAGGGCACACUGCUAUUAGGCUUAUGGCAAAAGCUGGUCUCUUUGGUGGUUUCCUGGACUUUAAUGCCUGUAAGUCACUUAGUGUUGAAAAUGUGGUGCAAGAAGGUCUGUUGAAUGAGGACUUAAUGACCUUUGUGCUUCAUUCAGAAAAGACUUUAGCCGGUGUGGUAGACAUGGAGCAUGGUCGGCUCUGUUCAAUAAAGGAUGCUGCUGAGGCAGGCCUGUUGGACUCCGAUACAGCAGCUCGUCUCCUUGAAGCCCAAGUUGUGUCAGGAGGAAUAGUUGACCUGCAAAGGGACAAGAAGGUAUCAGUUACCCUUGCAACCAACCUUGGGUUGAUUAAAGAGAGUACGAAGGAGGAGCUUCUUGCACUGGAAAAGGCAUGCCGGGGGAAAAGUUCAGAUUCAAAUGUGAUUCACACUAAAUUGGCACUGCAGUUACAAAUUGGUGGAGUGGUGGACCCAAAAUCCAAAAAAGCUGUGCCACUAGAAGAAGCCCUUCAGAAAGGCAUAAUUGGACAGGAGGUGGCUCAGCAGAUUUUAUGCCAGCAGGUUGCAGAAGGUGGCAUUAUACAUCAUGACUCUGGUGUUCGACUCACUGUUGUCAAUGCACUAGAACGAGGUCUGGUGGAUCGCACAAUCGCUCCAAAAUUAGAAGAACUUGAAAAGGCUUUCAUGGGCCAAGAACCGUUUAGUUUGGAUCCAGCCACUACACUUCUCCAGGCAUCUACAGGCUCCAUUUAUGAUGCUGCCUCCAAAACCAGGCUUACUUUGACUGAGGCUAUUUCCAAAGGCCUUCUAGAUGACCAAACGACAAAUAAAGCCAUGGCUUCACCCAAUGUAAAAAGUGGUUUGUUGGACCCUCAAAGCGCUCAUAUUGUGCCCUAUUCUGUGCUGAUAAGUCAGUGUAAGAUUGACAUCAAGACAGGACAGAGGUUCCUUGAAGUGAGGCCUUUCAGGGGUGUUAUAAAUAAACAAACUGAUAAAAUUAUGACCUUACCACAGGCAGUUAUGGCAGGCCACGUGGAUCCCAUACCUGCACUGAGAAUAUUGCAAAGUCAAGCAGAUACAGGGGGCAUAAUUGACAUUUACAGUGGAGAGCGAUUGUCUCUUCCAGAGGCUGUUAAGAAAGGCUUUGUUGAUGAAGAGAUGGCUAAAUGUAUUGCUACAAAUCAGGUUUUGAAAGGGGGGUUACUUGAUCCAGCCAGUGGACACAGGAUCCCCAACAUUACUGAGGCAAUUGAAGUUGGGCUUAUUUCUAGAGAAAUGGCUGCAGAGCUUCAUGACAGCAUAGCACAUGUAGAUGAAGAUGAGAUGGAAAGUUCCAAGGUAUCAGUCUCCUCAACAAAUGGAAUGUCUUGUCCUCUUGUUCCUCAGCUGGUAUCAGAUCAAGUCAGUCUUAAUAAUAGGACUCCUGAAAUAAAUCUAAUGAGUAAACCACCACUAUAUCCUACAGAGGUUGAAAUAAAAAAUGCUGAUUUCCUGAAAAAAGAGGAUCUUAAAAAUAUCUUAAAUGUUGGGAUAUUUGAGCACUCUCCUGAUUCAAAAAACAAAGAGCAAAUGUUUGAUGUAGGUUCAUCACAUGGAAUGAUGCAGAAGAGCACUGAGGCAUCAUUAGAGGUAUUGACUGAAUUUGCCUUGAAAGCAGAAAAAAGGAUUCAGCAGGCCAUUGAAGAAAUAAAGCCCCCAAACAAAGAUAUCAGAUCACUUCAACCAAGUCAAAGCCCUGACCAAAUGCAACAGAUAUCUGAGAUCAAAUGGAAAGUGGUGGAAAAUAGUAACUUAACAACUUCCCCUGAUCAUACCACAGAGACAGAGAUCCAGAGGCAGAAAAUGAAUGAACCUGCAAUCUCUACUGCCAUUUUCUCAGACACCGCUGAUGGUUUGCACAAGGAACAAGCCCCAUCUACAGAGAAAAUAGAAGGGCAUACUUUUGAGUUACAAGCACAUCAGUCAGAGAGGAAAACUGAGGAAAACAAGGACAGUCAGAAGGCUAAAUUGGAUCAAUCUGCUUCCACACCCACACAGACUGUAAAAGUACCAGGAAAGAAGAAAGGCAGAGGGAAAAAUAGUAAGCAAGCUAAAACGGAAAAUAAAAAUGAUGAAAAGCCGCAGGCUUCGGUAAACUCUAGUGUAUGUCAGACAUCUAUAGUUUCAUCCUUAGUAAAUACUGAGGUUAGUGAAAAAGAUGCCAUUGCCACUGCUCAAAAGCCUAUUGUCAAAGAUAACAAAGUAGAAAAGGUGAAUAAAGUAGAGCUUUUAGAGUUACCCCAAACAAGUGGUAGCUAUGCACCUGUGCCAGGAGGCAAUGAGAAUGUUCAAGACAAAGUUUUGGAAAUUAGGACGGCUAGAACUGCUGAUGGAACUGAGACUCCUCAACAUGAGUCUGAUCAUCUGCUGUUUAAUGUAAACACAGAACAGAAUGAGAAGACUCACACACAGCACAGUGUCAUGACUGAUAUGGCAAAACCAGAGCAGCAUCAAGAACCUACUGUUAGAGAGCUUGAUAGAGAGCUUUUAGAAAAAAAGAGGAAGAAAAAUAAACAUAAAAAAGUUAAGCAUAUGAUUGUUGUUGAAGCAGGAGUUAAAAAAGAUGAUGGGUCUAAGAAAGAACAGAAGACAGUGAUUCAUGAGGUCCAGUCUCAAAAUAAUCAAUCAGUUGAGAAAGAAAAGGAGAAGCAACUUGAGAAAGUCAACCAGGCAAUGACACAGAACGAAAGACUUUUGAUGAAGGCUAAAGAAAGCAUUCUUAGGAAGGUGUUUGAGCGAGGAGUCAGUGAUAAACAAGCUGCUGAAGAAUUAGAGGCAAUGCGUCAAGGAGCUAGUCUUGGAGAACUGCGAAUGACCACCCAAGAGAAAUCCAUUGAUGAAAAUACAGGACCUGAACCUCCUCAAAGUAUGAUCGUAGAUAAUAAACUACACCAGACAGGGCAAGAAAUGAAGGAUGAAAAGUUAGUGGCAGAGAAAAUUCUACCUGGGUCUGAUUCUCCUGGAUGCUCCAAAGAUAAAGCACAGCUUCAUGAACAGGAAGAUGCUGAGCAUGACAAGCAUAUAAACAGAGAAUUAAAUGGUGAUGAAAAUAUUUCAUAUUCUACAAAGACCUCUGAUGACAUUGUGGACAGAAACCAACAAAGACUUACUCCAAUCCAGAAUUUAGAUGUGCAAGUCAAAGAAGGAAGAGCAAAAGAACAAAACAUUGAUCCAUUAUGUACAGAAGAUGAAAAGUUGUUAUACAAAAUGGCUGAAUUGACCUCAGACACUGUUUUGACUGACAGUCACGAAGACACUAAAUUAAUACCCUACACCCCAGCAAUGAAGGACUCUAAAGAACUGUUGUCAAGUGCGGUGUGUACUCCUUUACAAAUUAUCAAAACAGCAGUGGGGAAAGUAAGUAAUGAACUUCAUCAAGAAAUAAAUGAAGAGUCCCCUUUCAGUAAAGCCAUGGAUGAACCAUCUGUCCAAGAAUCACAAAUGUUUGGACCAUCUUUAAUGGAGGAGAUUCCAGUGUCUGUUACCACACAGAUAGAAGAGGUGGAAGAGUAUGCUGAGGGUUUAGUGGAAAAGCAACCUGAAGAAAUGCAAAUGAAAAUUGAACAAAUGAACAGGGAUACUACAAAGGCAUUCAAGUCAUCACUGGCCCGCCAAGAGUGCUUAGAACAUGACCAACAGAUUGUGGCUCUGCUCUCCAUGGUGAGACAUAUCGAGGUCCGUCUUAAACAACAAAAACAACAGUCUGUUGGUCGAAGUCUCAUCGCACUUAAUGACAUAAUCAGACAGACAGAGAUACUUUUCCUGGAAAUUUGUGACCUGGAACCAGAAGUGCACAAGGAGACUGAAGCAGCAAUGCAACUACUGGAGUAUAACUCUCUGGAUGUCCCACCUCAGCUGCUUAUGGCCCUGGAAAAGGAUGGGCGAAGCUUAACCAGAGCAUACAGUGCAGCCAGGGACUUUGGCCAGAGGACUUUGGAGGGGUUGCAAGCACAAUGUGAUGCACAAAAAGAAGCUAUAAAUAGUCAGCUAAAGUCUUUAGAAGAGCAAGUUAACAACCUUCUCAGCUGGCUUAAGAAGAUGGAGAUACAAAUGGAGGAGGAAACAGGGGUAGAUGGACAGACAGCAACAGAUAAAAGCAUUUCUGCACAGCUAACUCAUAAACAACAAUUGUGCAAGGAGUUACAGAAUGCUCUUGCAGCCCGAUCCACUGACGUCAGCACUGUUGCGUUCAAUAUCCAGGUGUUUAUCUCUGAGCAUGCUCAGGACCUGCUUCCUGAUCAGUGCAGGCAUCUUCUUGGACAACUGGAGCAGCUACAGAGGGUCUUUCACCUGGCUGUUGGUCACUUUCAUGCCAGGGCAGAAGCACUGUUAGCCCAGCAAGCGAGAGAGGAUGUACAAAUGAGUAAAGAGCAGAAAGAUAAAGAAGAGAAAAAGGAGAAAGAGCGACAAACUACAAGGGAUAGAGAGGUUGUGCAGCAGCAGAAGGUAGAAUGUUCUCAUAAACUGGAGAAUCUCACAAUGUGGUUGGCUGGUGCUGCCAGCCUCCUUGCCAAUCAGAGAGUGGGAGCCGAGUCAAAUGAUGUAAACGAAUUACAACAGAAGCAAAAAGAGCUUAAGGAGGUGGAGAUGGACCUUCAGACUAAAAGUGACUCAUUGAUGGAGGCUAUGCGAUCGGUGGAGGAGUUCCUGUCUGAGCGUGGUGACUGUUUGAGUCCUGAGGAAAGAGUCAAACUUCAGGGGGCUCUUUCACAAAUGAAGGAGCAGCACAGCUCACUCACAGACUCAAUCCACUCCUCACUGGCUCAAGUGGACACUGCCAUCUUCACAACAGUUCAGCAGAACACACAGAGAGCAAAAGCAGAGGAGCUGAUGCAGGAGACUCAGGGAAAAAUAGACACACUGCUCAGAGAAUUGUCAUCAUUGGAUGGGUCAACAAGGCGGUCACAUGGAGAGACUGCCACUGACUCAUCUGUCCCACCAGAGAGUACUCUGAAUUCUCACAGUGACGUACUUCAGACUGAGCUGCAGCAGUUACAAGCUCAACAGGCUCACCUUCAGCAGGUGGCCCAAUCCGUCCAUUCCCUUCUGGAGCAACCCGACUCCAGUGUGCAACCAGAGGAGAAGCAGCGCUUGCGGGCCAAGCUGGAUCAGCUGCAGAGUCAGCAUCAGGAGCGCCUCCAGAGCUGUCAAGACAGACUGAGGCAGGCAGAUGCCCUUAGAGACGAGUUCGCCAAGUUCAUGCAGGAGCACAGGAACCUGGGAACAUGGCUGGAUCAGAGUGAACAAGAGCUACGUUCACUCGGAGAAGGGGAAACUGACGCAAAGGACCUGAAAGACCGGAUGGAAGCGCACAAAAAGCUUGCAGAGGAUAUCAUCUGUCACAAAGCAGACCUGCGCUUUGUGACUAUCACUGGUCAGAAGGUUCUGGAGACUGUUCAGGGGGCCCUGGAGAGGGUGGAUGGUACUAAUCCAGCUCUGGAGGACACCAAGCAACUUGUGAGUGACCAGCUACAAGAUGCCACACAGCGUUACAAUUCAUUACACAGCAAGUCCUCAGAACUUGGCACUCAUCUCUCAGGUCUCCUGGAGCGAUACCAACAGUACCAUGAGGAGGCUGGUUCUUUAGAGUCCUGGCUGAGUACUCAGGAGCAGAAUCAGAGCAUAUUUAAACCUAGCGGAGAGCAAAGAGACACCCAGACACUGCAUUGUAUUCUUAAUACUGUACAGCUGUUACAGGAUGAGCUGGCAGAGCGUUCUGUACAGCUUGAGAAGGUCAAGAGGGCAGGAAAAGAGCUGGUCAGCACUCAAGAGUCCCCGACUCUCAAAAAAGCAGAUAUUAACAACACUACAGAUGCUCUAGAGAAGCGGUUUGAAACUCUGUCUGAUUCAGUGUCAAUGAGGGCAGAGCAGCUCCAAACAGCUGUUGCCCAGUCAGUCACUGUUCAGGAGGGGCUUAAAGCGCUGUUGACAUGGUUGGAUGGCCUCCCUUUAUCUCCUGGCCCAGUCCAGCCCAAUGCCCAAGCAGUUCAGGAUGCCCUGACACAAAAUCAGAAAAUACGUCAGGAGCUUCUUUCAAGGCAGGGCAGUGUAGAUGCCACCUUUGAAUCUGUGUCCAAGCUUCUGAAAUCUGCAGAUGCAUCAACAGCAUCUGGCCUGCAGGGGGCACUGCAGGACCUUAGUCAGCGCUAUGCAGCAGCCCAGGCCAAGCAGGCUGAAGGAGAGACUGAUUUGCGGGGUCUUUUGCCCAAGUUGGAGAGCUUUGAGCGCCAGAACAAAGACCUCCGUAGCUUCACAACGAGCCGAGAAAGAGCUCUUAGCCCUGUAGGCCAACUAGACUGCAGUGUGGAAGACUACAGACAGACCAUAGAGGAGGUGAGAUCAGAGAUUACCCAAGAGUCAAGUCAAUUAAAGUCAUUUGUCGAGCUUGGUUCAGAUUUGAGCCAAUCUGGGGUCUUUGCCAAUGUGCAAAGCCUUUUGGAUACAACCAAAGAAGUUUCUGAUGAGUUUGCACGCCUGGAAUCCAAUGUCAACGAGAGAUUUGAUUCCAUCCAGAGCAGUGUACAGCAACUGGCAGAUUUUCGCUCACGCUCUGGCUCCCUCCUCAGGUGGCUGCAGACAGUACAAGAGCAGCUGCCUGCCAAAGAGCCCAACCUCAGCACAGAGAGCCUGCAGAGGAGAGCACAACAGCUCAAAGAUCUUCUCACGGAAUGGGAGACCUAUGGAAGCCAAGUUCAGGAGUUGAACAAGACCAGUUCACAACUGGAGAGCCUGAUUAUUAACAUCACAGCACCAAAGAAUAAGACUGGUGUUCCCCAGCUCAGUGGUGCUUCCAGCCCCAACAGUGUUAAUGGCAUUCACACCUGUAAAGAUUUGACAGAGAUCCAGGUGGCAGUGGCAGAUGUGAACAGCAAGUAUGAGCAUCUGGGCAAUGACCUGAGGGAAAGGAAGAGCAGACAAGAGGCCUCACUCGACCUGCGACAGAAGGCCAGGCAGGGCACUGAGGCACUCACCCAGUGGCUGGGCCCCCGUGAACAGAGCCUGGCACAAGGGCAGACUGCCUCACCCUCCCGGCCUGAGGUGGUGCGUGCUCAAGCCCAAGAGACCAAGGCUUUACUCUCUGAGCUGGCCGAGCAUUCUGGGAAAGUGGAGGACGUGAAGAACAUUCUGAAGCAGCUAAUAACAGAUAACCCAGACUCUCCUGAAACUGAGAUAUGGAAACGUCAGCUUGAAGACAUAGAUUUACGGUGGGAGAAGGCUCAUCAGACUGCAGCCCAGAGGCAGACUGAACUGGAGGCAUGUGCUGAUAGGCUGGGUAGUUUUGCAUCAGCAGUCAGUCAACUAGGACCAUGGCUCAGAGAGAAGGAACUGAUGAUGAGUGUACUGGGCCCAUUAAGUAUCGAUCCCAACAUGCUCAACACACAGAAGCAGCAAGUGCAGUUCAUGCUUCGUGAGUUUGAGACGCGAAAACCCCAGUACGACCAGCUGACUCGGGCAGCAGAGGGAAUCCUGUCCCUGGCUGGAGAUGAGACUACUGGAGAUGGUCAGGACUUAGAAGAGGUCCGGCAGGAGCUGGCAGACAUUUCACGACAGUGGGAAGACCUCACCUUUUGCCUCACGGGCCGCUCCAAGCAGAUUGACCAGGCACAGGGAACCAGUGAGUGUUAUCUGUCCCUCCUCAGGGAGCUGUCUCACAGUGUGGCCGAUCUAGGCGAGAGACUGGAUGCACAGGCCUCUCUAAGUGCCCAGCCUGAAGCGCUACGCCGCAGACUCCAGGAAACAGGGGAGAUCCGAGCUGAGCUGGAACAGAGACAGGGUCAGCUGGCCCAUGCUGAGCAGCUUUGUUCUGAGCUCAGCACAAUUGUGGCCGAACCGUAUCUGAGAGAUGAGUUGUACAAGAGACUGGAGAGUGUUAGUGGCCCCCUCAAGAGUCUAGAAGAAAGGGCUGCUGAUGGCUUGUCUCAGCUGCAGGCUGCCCUGUCCAGUACUCAACAGUUCCAGCAGAUGUUCGAUGAGCUUCGUGGUUGGUUGGAUGGACAGGUUGGGAAUCACACAUCUGGUAUUUCUGAACCCCUCCCCUGCCAACCUGGCGCUCUGAAGACCCUUCUCGCCCAACAGGAGGACUUCCAGCGAGCCAUUGCACAGCAGCGUGGAUCCUAUGAACUCAUCCAGGCAGAGGGGGCAUCUCUCCUGUCAUCCCUCCCUGCUGGAGAUGAGCGAUUAGCCCUACAGACACGACUCAACAACCUACGGCAACACUGGGAGGGCCUGAACCAACAAACAACAGAGAAACAUUGUCGAAUCAAAGAGACACUGUGCCGUGCAGAGCUGUACCGACAACAUCGUGACGAACUAGUACCCUGGGUUACUGAAUGUGAAGAGAAGGAGUCAGAGAUCCACCCAUCAUUUGAUCCUGUUGCCUUAGAUGAGGCCCUACAAAAGGCUAGACAAUUAAGCCUGGACUUGGAUCGACGUCGCCCCCUCUUGGAUUCUAUGAACACUGCGGCAGUUCAGCUUUUAGAGCAGGGCUGCACUGGUGAGGAGGAAGUGAGAGAUGAGAAAGCUCAGCUUAACCGUAGGAUAGACGGACUCUCAGAGCGACUGCAGGGUCGCACGGCCCAACUGGACGAGUUGGGAAGCAGACUGAAAGAGUUUGAAGAUGGCAGGCAGGCUGUGGGGAGAAGACUUGAGGCAGCCAGACAUCAGAUAGAAGUUCAGGAGGCACUUGGACCUCAGGCUUGUAGCAAUAAAAGCCUGGAGCGUCUUCGUAGCCAGCAGGAGAUGUUAAACUCUCUGCAGCCACAGGUGCUGUACCUGUGUAAUUUGGCUCAGGGGCUUUUGCAGGAUGCACCAGAGAUCUCUGGGGCCAGUGAAGAUGGCAGCCAGAUGCUAUUACAGCAAGCCUGUGACACGGAAAGGGAUUUUGAAGAAGUCACUGAGAAGACUGAGCAAUGCUGCUCAUCCCUGGAGUCCCGGCUACAGGGUGUGGGAGAGGUCCAGUCACAUGUCCGGGACGUUUUCUCCCGCCUGGCUGAUUUGGACGAUGAGCUUGACAGUCUCAGCCCCGUGGGGCGAGACGCAGACUCCUUGGCCUCACAGGCUGAGGCUGUCAGAGGUUUCCUGAACCGACUCAAUGCCCUACGUGCUGAGCUGGAGGGUCAUGGUGGAGAAUGCACUACUAUGCUGCGUAGAGAGGGAAGCUCUCCAGAUCUUCUGGCCCUAAGGAGGGAGACUGAGGCCCUGAGCAGACAGGCAGGCAAGCUGGCGGAGCGAGGCCAGAACCGUCUGGCACUUAUAGAAGCAGCAGAGGAGCGUGUGAAGGAGUUCUAUGCCCAGCUAGCUGAGUUGCAGGGGUUACUGGGACGGGCCGAAGAGGUGCUGAACACACAGGCUAUCGUGGGUACAGAGGUCGAGGUCAUCAAACAGCAGCUUCAGGAAUUUAAGGCUGAGGAAAGGGAACAAGUAGACAGCAUACAACCAAAACUCCAGCAUGUCAACGCUGUGGGUCAGGGUCUUAUCCAGAGUGCAGCCAAACACACAGACACUCAGGCCCUGGAGCAUGACCUGGAAACCACCAAUCUGCGCUGGAACUCCCUCAACAAGAGGGUCGCUGAAAGAAUUGCACAGCUGCAAGAGGCUCUGUUGCACUGUGGGAAGUUCCAAGAUGCCCUGGAGCCACUCUUGAGCUGGCUGAGUGACACAGAGGAUCUCAUAGCCAAUCAGAAACCUCCGUCCGCUGAGUAUCGUGUGGUCAAGGCACAAAUUCAGGAGCAGAAGCUGCUACAGCGGUUGCUGGAUGACCGCCGUGGGACAGUAGAGAUGAUCAUGGCAGAAGGAGAGCGUAUCGCUGCCACGGCAGAGACACAAGACAGAGACAAAAUCCAGAGACAACUAAAGAGCCUCGGAGAGAGAUGGACAAACCUGUUGGAAAAGGCCAGUGCCAGGCAACGACAACUGGAGGAGCUGCAGGUGUUGGCUCUGCAGUUCCAUGAGGCUAUGGAGCCACUUGGGGAGUGGUUGAGUGCCGCGGAGAGACGCCUGAGCUCUGCUGAACCAAUGGGAACCCAGACUUCCAAAAUCACACAGCAGAUUGUAAGGCACAAGGCUCUCCAAGAGGAGAUGUUCUCUCGGGAGAAAAAGGUUGACCACCUUGAGACUCUCAGCCAAUCACUGUACCCGCUCAGCUGUGCGGCUGAUCGCAAUUGGCUAGGCGAGCAUGUGGCCGCUGUGCGCAAUGGACACACAGAGCUGCGUGACUGGUGCAGUCGGAGGGAGGCAAUGCUGGAGCAGGCCUUGGCUAAUGCACAGCUGUUUGGAGAGGAAGAGGUGGAAGUCCUUAACUGGCUAGCUGAGGUGGCCCAGAGACUGGCUGAGGUCUCUGUGCAGAGUUAUCAGCUGGAGCUGCUAGCACAGCAACACAAACACACACUGGCUCUUAAUGAAGAGAUUAUCAGCAGGAAGAAGACAGUGGACCAGGCUAUUAAGAACGGACAGUCUCUGCUCAAACAAACCACUGGUGAAGAGGUCCUGCUGAUUCAGGAGAAGCUAGAUGGCAUUAAAAGCCGCUAUGCAGAGAUGACAGCAGGCAGCAGCAAGGCCCUUCGUACUCUGGAACAAGCCCUUCAGUUGGCCACACGAUUCUCCAGCGCACACGAUGACAUCAACCAAUGGUUGGAUGCUGUAGAGGCGGAGCUUAACAACACUGAGCCAGACACAACAUCAGCCUAUCAAGACAGACAAAGGGAGCUGAAAUGUGUGUCUGCUGAGAAGCGGUUGGUUCUGGACACAGUCAACGAGGUGGGCAGUGCCUUACUGGAUCAGGUGCCCUGGCGAGCACGAGAGGGCCUGGACCGCCUGGUCGCUGAUGCCAAUCAGCGCUACCGCCAAGCAGAUGAGACCAUCACACAGAGAGUGCAGUUAGUGCAGGCUGCCAUCCAAAGGUCACAGCAGUAUGAGGAGGCAGUGGAUGCAGAGCUGACCUGGGUCGGAGAGACAGAGAGGAAGUUGACGUCUCUGGGGCCUCUCAGUCUGGAGCCCGAUGUAACCGUGACUCAGCUCCAGGUGCAGAGAGCCUUUAACAUCGACAUCAUUCGUCACAAAGAUACCGUGGACCAACUUCUUAAGACACGAGAGGACAUCCUGGAGAGCUGCAGUGAACAGCAGAGAGAGGCACUGAAGGUGAAGACGGACUCUUUAAGUGCUCGUUAUGAAGCAGUAAACCAGAGUCAUGCUGAGCGGUUCUCAGCUCUGGAGCAGGCUCAGGUGCUGGUGGCCCGGUUCUGGGAGACGUAUGAGGAACUUGAACCCUGGCUGGGCGAGACGGAAACACUGAUUACUCAGCUACCCCCUCCCGCCAUUGACACAGAGGCACUUAGGCAACAGCAAGACCAAAUGAGGCUUUUGAGGGAGUCCAUUGCUGAGCACAAGCCACACAUAGACAGGCUUCUAAAGAUUGGCCCACAGCUGGCAGAGCUGAGUGACAAGGAAGGGGCGAUGGUGAGACAGCAGUAUAAUGGUGCAGAAAGACGUUAUAUCACUAUCAAAGAAGAGGUCAAAAGUCGAGCCACAGCACUGGAUGAAGCCGUGUCACAGUCCACACAGUUUUAUGAUAAGAUGGACCCUCUGUUGGAGACCCUGGAGGGGGCGGUCCAGCGUUUGCGGCAGCCUCCUCCAGUGGCAGCUGAGGUGGAUAAGAUCCGGGAGCAGCUGGCAGAGCACCGGUCUACUGGACUCGAGCUGGACAAACUCCUGCCAUCUUUUAGCACCCUGUGUUCCCGCGGAGAAGAGCUCAUCAGUCGCGCCCCACACGACGAUCCUGCUGCCCAGGCGGUGCAUUCCAGACUCUUGCGGCUGCGCUCUCUAUGGGAUGAGAUUAGGCAGAGGGCUGAGGAAAAAGAAGGAAAGCUUCAGGAUGUUCUGGAACUUGCUGGAAAGUUCUGGGCUGACAUGGCCGCUCUGCUGAGCACUCUCCGUGAUUCUCAGGACAUUGUGAAAGAGCUAGAGGAUCCUGGGGUGGAUCCCUCACUCAUUAAACAGCAAAUAGAGGCAGCAGAGGCCAUUAAGGCAGAAACGGAUGGAUUGAGGGAAGAACUGGAGAUUGUACGCACACUGGGAGCUGAUCUCAUCUUUGCCUGCGGAGAGACAGAGAAACCAGAGGUCAAGAAAACCAUUGAUGAGAUGAAUGCUGCCUGGGAGGGCUUGAACCGCACGUGGAGAGAGAGAAUGGAGAGACUGGAGGAAGCAAUGACUGCUUCUGUUCAGUACCAGGAUGCUCUUCAGGGCAUGUUUGACUACUUGGACAAUGCUGUCAUUAAACUGUGUGACAUGCCAGCUGUGGGGACAGACCUCAGCACAGUCAAACAACAGAUCGAGGAGCUCAAGCAAUACAAAGUAGAGGUGUACCAGCAGCAGAUUGACAUGGAGAAGCUGUGCCACCAAGGAGAACUGCUGCUCAGGAAAGUGACCGAUCAAACAGACAGAGACAUGAUACAGGAGCCUCUCACUGAGCUACGCCACCUGUGGGACAACCUGGUGGAUAAGAUCACACUCAGACAGCACAAACUAGAGGGUGCUCUGCUGGCUUUAGGUCAGUUCCAGCAUGCUCUCUCUGAGCUGCAGUCUUGGCUCAGCCACACUCGUGCUACACUGGACACUCAGCGGCCCAUCAGCUCUGACCCCAAGGCCAUUGAAAUCGAGCUGGCUAAGCAUCACGUUUUAAGAAACGACGUGCUGUCCCAUCGGACCACUGUGGAGACUGUAAACAGUGCUGGCUCCGAAUUGCUGGAGUCCAGUCCUGGAGAUGAGAUCAACCACCUGAGAGACCAGCUGGAUGAACUGAACCGCAGCUGGAAGAAUCUUCUGCUCAAGACUGACGAGAGACAGAAACUGCUGGAAGCUGGUCUGCAACAGGCCGAGGGUUUCCAUGGAGAGCUGGAGGAGUUUUUGCAGUGGCUCAGACGCACAGAGAGUCAGCUGUCUGCUGCCAAACCCACAGGUGGCCUGCCUGAGACUGCCAGAGAGCAGCUGCAGCAACACAUGGAGCUCCAGUCUCAGUUGACCCACAGAGGUGAGCAGUAUCAUCGGCUGCUGGACAAGGGAGAGUCCAUACUGCUGGCCAGAGGAGGGGAGGAUGCUGGACCAGGAACCACACAGACACAACAGAACCUGGCCCUACUGCAGAACAAAUGGGCUAGUCUCAAUGCCAAAAUGGAUGACAGAAGGGGUAAACUGGAGGAAGCCGUCUCACUGGCAACAGGGUUCCAGACCUCCCUGCAGGACACUAUAAACUGGCUGACUCAGGCAGAACAGACACUCAACAUGGCUCAACCACCCAGUCUCAUUCUGGACACUGUCCUCUUCCAGAUAGAUGAGCACAAGGUGUUUGUAAAUGAGGUGAACACUCACAGAGAGCAGGUUCUGGCUCUGGAGAAGGCCGGCUCUCAACUGCGGUUUGCUAGUCUCAAACAGGACGUGGUUCUUAUCAAGAACUUGCUGCUCAGUGUACAAGCCCGCUGGGACAAACUGGUGCAUAGGUCGCUGGACAGAGGACGGCACUUGGAUGAGGCCCGCAAGAGAGCCAAGCAGUUCCAUGAGGCCUGGAGGAAGCUGACGGACUGGCUGGAGGAGGCAGAGAGCAGGCUGGACUCUGAAUUGGAAAUCUCCAAUGAACCUGACAAGAUUAAAAUCCAGCUUGCCAAACAUAAGGAGUUCCAGAAGGCUCUUGGAUCCAAGCAACCAGUGUAUGACACUACAGUGCGCUCUGGGAAGGCCAUGAGAGAUAAGGCCACACUACCUGCUGACACACAAAAACUGGACAACUUGUUGGGUGAGGUCCGUGACAAAUGGGACACCGUGUGUGGAAAGAGUGUGGAGAGGCAACACAAGUUGGAGGAAGCUCUGUUGUUCUCAGGUCAGUUUGCUGAGGCUCUCCAGGCUCUUGUUGACUGGCUGUACCGUGUGGAGCCUCAGCUUGCAGAGGACCAGCCUGUCCAUGGAGACCUGGACCUGGUUUCCAACCUCAUGGACUCCCAUAAGGCCUUCCAGAAGGAGUUGGGAAAGAGGACCAGUAGUGUGCAGGCUUUGAAGCGUUCUGCUCGAGAGCUGAUGGAGACUGGCCGGGACGACACCGCCUGGGUCAAAGUUCAACUUCAGGAGCUUAGCAACCGCUGGGAAACGGUCUGUGCCCUGUCGGUCUCAAAACAGACCCGCCUCCAACAGGCUCUCAAACAGGCAGAGGAGUUCCGCACAGCUGUUCAGAUAAUACUGGAGUGGCUGUCGGAGGCGGAGCAGACUUUGCGUUUCCACGGCGUCCUGCCAGAGGAGGUAGAGACACUGCAGGCACUGCUGCACACUCACCGGGACUUCAUGCAGACGGUGGAGGAGAAGAGAGUAGAUGUAAAUAAAGCUGCUGGCUUGGGUGAAGCCAUACUGGCUGUCUGCCACCCAGACUGCAUCACCACCAUCAAACACUGGAUCACCAUCAUCAGAGCUCGCUUUGAAGAGGUGCUGACGUGGGCCAAACAGCACGAGCAGCGAUUGGAGACAGCUCUGACUGAAUUGCUCAACAAUGCUACACUGUUGGAAGAACUGUUGUCAUGGCUACAGUGGGCGGAGACCACACUGGUGCAGCGUGAUACUGAACCGCUCCCACAAGACAUCCCUCAACUGAAGACACUAAUCACAGAGCAUCAGGUGUUUAUGGAGGAAAUGACCCGGAAACAACCUGAUGUCGACAAAGUGACAAAGACGUAUAAGAGGAAACCAGCAGAACAUCCCAGCAGCCUAUCAGAGAGGAGAGGAACUCGAAAACACCAGCAGCAUCAGCAACAACAGCAUUCAGUACAGGUAACUGGCGGUAACCCUCGCCUCAUCCAGCUCUGCUCCCGCUGGCAACAGGUGUGGCUGCUUGCACUUGAUCGUCAGCGCAAACUCAAUGACGCCCUCGACAGACUAGAGGAGCUCAAAGAAUUUGCCAACUUUGACUUUGAUGUAUGGAGAAAAAAAUACAUGCGCUGGAUGAACCACAAGAAGUCUCGCGUCAUGGACUUCUUCAGACGCAUUGACAAGGACCAGGAUGGAAAGAUCACCCGCCAGGAGUUUAUUGAUGGCAUCUUGGCGUCAAAGUUCCCCACCAGCAAGCUGGAAAUGACAGCUGUUGCUGAUAUUUUUGACCGUGAUUGUGAUGGCUACAUUGAUUACUACGAAUUUGUGGCAGCUUUGCACCCCAACAAAGACGCUUACAGACCCACUACAGAUGCUGAUAAGAUUGAAGAUGAGGUCACCAGACAAGUGGCCCAGUGCAAGUGUGCCAAAAGGUUUCAGGUGGAACAGAUCGGAGAGAACAAGUAUAGGUUCUUCCUUGGGAAUCAGUUUGGAGACUCACAGCAGCUGCGUCUUGUGCGAAUCCUGCGCAGUACCGUUAUGGUUCGGGUCGGAGGUGGAUGGAUGGCGUUGGAUGAGUUCCUGGUCAAGAACGACCCUUGCCGAGUGCAACAUCCAGGACUUAAAAUGCUCCGUUCUGACUCCAGCAGCUCCAUAUCAUCUCGCAUAGCUCGUGGACGAACUAACCUGGAGCUUCGGGAAAAGUUCAUUCUUCCAGAAGGAGCCACGCAGGGUCUGGCGGCCUUCCGGUCCCGGGGUCGACGAUCCAAACCUUCAUCGCGCACGGCUUCACCCACCCGUUCAUCUUCAUCAGCAUCACACAGUGCCCACAGUUGCGCCUCUGUGCCCUCCGCACCCGCCACGCCCACAGCCUCCACAAGGUCCUCCCAAUCCCAAUCUCGUGGCUAUGCCAAGCCCUGGCUGGCACACAGUAAAACUCCAACUCCAACCAAGUGCCAGUCCUGCCCAGAACACGGCCAGACCCCUGGGCAUGAGGGAGGCUCCUCAUCCAAACUAAAGAGACCAACCUUUCAUUCCAGCAGAGGCUCCUUGACUGGUGAGAACGGUGGAACCACACCAACCACUGCUAAACCUGGACGAGCUGACACUAAACGCACUCCGUCCUCUACGAGUGGCCCAGCCAGUCGAGCAGGAAGUCGUGCGGGAAGUCGAGCCAGCAGCCGAAGGGGCAGCGACGCUUCAGACACCUCUGAACUCAUGGAGACCCGCUCAGCUUGCUCCGAUACCUCAGACACCCCUCGCCGGCCUGGGGCCAAACCCUCCAAAAUCCCCACAAUCUCCAAGAAGACCCCCAGCCCUAAAACACCAGCGGGGAAAAAAUGA